AUGAAACAAUUUGGCGCGUGCAACAUCGUCGUCUUCGUCGUCGUCGUCGUCGUCAUGGCGUCGCUCGCCGACGUUGCGGUUGCGUACGCUGUCGGCGCACCGGUCGACCGAUGCGACAGCAUGCGACCGAGCCACGGAGGAGGCGAGGAUCUUCGGCCGUCUCCGUUCGCCGUCCUCGCACUCAACAACACCUACUACGCUGGAGAGGAGAUCUAUGUACAAUUCGACGGGCCGCCCUACCGCGGAUUCAUGCUACAGGCGCGCAACCAGACCGGUCACCGGGUCGGUACGUUCGCCCGCGAACAACUGCCGACCGGAACGCAGAUACUGCAGUGCGAGCGGGACACGAACAACGCGGUCACGCACCAGAACAACCGCCCCAAGGUCGGGCUCAAGUUCACUUGGAGAGCGCCUAUUACCGGUGGCGUUGGCACUAUCAACUUUUACGCGACGAUCGUGCGCUACUAUCGACAGAUCUGGGUGAAGCUAAUGUCUGAAGACGUGAUAGAGGGCGCCCCGGUGGAACCGACGACGGAACCAGAGCCGACAACAGAGGCAGAGGCAGAGGCAGAUGCGAAGGCAGAGGCAGAGGCAGAGUCCAAGUCAACCGGUGCGCAAAAAUCGGAAAGUAAAGCAGAAGCGGAGGCAGAAGCAGAGGCAGAGGGCGAGGCAGACACUAAGGAUGAGGUUGAGAGUGAAAUAGCUGAUAAACAUUUGGAAAAGACUUUGGCAGAGUCAGAGUCAGAGGCAGAGGGGGAAGCAGAGGCAGAAAGUGAGCCAGAGACAGGGGAAAAGGCAGAGGGGAAGGCAGAGACAGAAAACGAGCCGAAGGCAGAGGCAGAUGGUGAGGCGGAGGCAGAACCAGAAGUAGCAACAGAGGCCGAAGGCAAGGCAGUGACAAGAGGUAAGGUAGAAGCGGAUACCAAAGCGGGGGGAGCUACCCUACUCAAUGGGAAAGGCGAGCGAGUUGUCGCGCCGCAAGGAACUCUGGAGGCAAACAGCUCGACACGUAACACGUCACGGGAGAGAAAACAAAAGCAGACAACGGGAGAUGCAAGCGACAGACUGACAAUGGGGAAGGCAGGUGCCGUUAGUGCCGAACCGGCUGCAGAAGGCGAACCGGAAGACGAAAAGAAAAAAACAGAAACCGAGAUGAUCGGCGAGCAGGAGACAAUGGUGAAACCGGAACCGGAACCAGAAGGCACUGGUGAACCAGAACCAGAAGGUACUGGCGAACCGGAACCGGAAGGUACAGGCAAACCGGAACCGGAAGGUACUGGUGAACCGGAACCGGAAGGCACUGGUGAACCGGAACCGGAAGGCACUGGUGAACCGAAACCGGAAGGUACUGGUAAGCCGGAACCGGAAGGUACUGGUGAACCAGAACCGGAAGGUACUGGUAAGCCGGAACCCAAUAAAGGAGCAUCCGCCGAACCAGAAACGACAUCUAUGCCGAAGUCUAAAGGAUCGGGAAAAGCUACCAUUGCUAAACCACCCGGAGAUCCACUGCGGAGUGCCGCAGCGACAGGAAAACCAGACCCGCUUACCUUCGAGGGAUGUAACAUCGUGAAAGGAUGCUUUCGUCACGGGGAGAGAGGUUGCACUCCGCAGACGUGCGACAUCGUUGUCAUGUACAGCAUGGACGGACACGCCGUCACCUUCGACAUCGAGGGCAAAGCAGACGCCUGGGUCGGCCAUUAGGAUUCCUCUGCACGCAAAUGGGCGAGGACGACGUGUACGCAUGGCGGAAGAUGCUAACAACCUCGUCGCAGGCCGAGCACUAUACAGACCCGGCAGCUACUCACGCUCGGUGUUCGACGAUCAAAAUCCGAUGUACGACGUGCAGACAGCGGCGCAGAACGGUCGCAUACAGUGUCGCUUCAAGCGCCAACUCAACGACGCCGCAUAGUGUCGUGAAGACGUUCGUGCUGUCGAAGCCGUUACUAUCAUUUACGUGUGGGGAAACACGGCUGGAGAAGAAUGCUCGCGGAGAGGAGCGUAUAGGGAAGCACGCACCAGACCAUCCGCCGAUUUCCAUGAAACCCAUCCGCCUGUCCGAAUACAUAGACGAGAUCCAGGACAGCCACGGGCGCCGCCUGGCGGCCGCGUCGGUACUCAUCGCCCUAGCUGCGGCUUUCGCGUUUUCGCUCGCGUUCUAGCGUUCCCCUCGCAUACGAUAGUCUCGAAGAUUUCAAAGAAAAAAAAUGUCUUUUAGUCCGUAGAAACGUUUUUGCGCCGUGCGGACGCUUGCAUAAGCAUUGUCGUUCGCGUGAGUGUGUUCUUACAAGCUAGUUGUAAAGCACACAUUCCCACCCGCCACGCCGCACAGGCCACUUCUUAUUAUUGUGUGGUAAUAAUUGUCUCUCGUUUACAAUAAGUCGCAUCAUUAUCGCAGCAUCACACGACAGCCGCACGUACGG